CCAGUGUCAGGUCGGAUCGUCCACGUCUCACAAGUCGCACUUCUGUCCUCUUGCAGGAAAGAAGCCCAGAGACAAUAAAACAGAUUGGGAAUUUCUUCCCCUUCCUUUAGCACACCCCGAAUACUUGCCACAGACGAAUCACGGCCAUGGCGGAGAAAGACGACGAUCAGAGGACCGUCGUCUUCUUCCACCCCGACCUUGGCAUCGGUGGUGCUGAGCGUCUCGUUGUCGACGCCGCCGUCGGCUUGCAGAAUCGAGGCCACAAGGUGGUCAUCUUCACCAGCCAUUGCGACAAGAGCCACUGCUUUGAAGAAGCUCGAGAUGGAACCCUCGACGUCCGCGUCCGCGGCAACUGGAUCGUCCCUCCCUCCAUCCUCGGCCGCCUCACGAUCCUCUGCGCCAUCCUGCGCCAGCUCCACCUCCUCGUUCAGAUCUACGCCACCCGCGAACUCCAGUCCCUGAACCCAGACACCUUCUUCGUCGACCAGCUCAGCGCGGGCCUGCCGCUGCUGCAGUACCUCGCCCCCAAGGCGCCCAUCCUUUUCUACUGCCACUUCCCCGACAUGUACCUCGCCCUCGGCCGCGAAAAGUGGUGGAAGCGUCUCUACCGCGUGCCCUUUGACUGGGUCGAGGAGUGGAGCAUGGGCUUCGCCGACGAGAUUGCCGUCAACUCGGGCUUCACAAAGGGCAUGGCCACCGGCGCCUGGCCGAAGCUCGCCAAGCGCAAGAACUUCAAGGUCGUGUAUCCCUGCGUCGACAUUGCGCCCAAGAAGGAGAGUGAGAAGAAGGCGAUUGGCAACGGUAACACCGAAGAAGAAGCCAUCUGGACGGACAGGAACAUCAUUCUGAGCAUCAACCGCUUCGAGAGGAAGAAGGACAUUGCGCUCGCCGUCAAGGCUUUCGCGGCGCUGCCUGCGGACAAGAGGAAGGGCGUCCGGCUGGUCCUCGCGGGCGGAUACGACCCGCGCAGCAUCGAGAACUGCCAGUACCACAAGGAGCUCGAGAAGCUUGCCGCGUCGCUCGGGUUGGAGACGUUCACGGCCAAGAACAUCAUCACCGCCUUGUCUGCGCCCGAGCAUAUCCCCGUGCUGUUCCUCCUCUCCAUCCCGUCGAGCCUAAAAGAGUCGCUCCUCCGAUCGGCCAAGCUGCUUGUUUACACGCCCUCCAACGAGCAUUUCGGAAUCGUGCCCCUCGAGGCCAUGUUGGCCGGCGUGCCCGUUCUCGCGGCGAACACGGGCGGACCCAAAGAGACGGUCAUGGACGGCGUGACGGGCUGGUUGCGGGCGCCGGACGAGGUCCUGGAGUGGACCGUGGUCAUGGAUAAGGUGCUCAACAGCCUCAGCCGGGGCGAUUUAGAAAAGAUGGGCAAGGCCGGCGUGCAGAGAGUACGCACGGGUUUCGGGCAGGAGAAGAUGGCGGAGCGGAUCGAGAGGCUGCAAGACGAGAUGCUGGUGGAGCCCAAGAUGCCGCCUCUGAUGAACGCCGUGCUCAACUUUUUCGGCAUUGUCAUCUUUUUCGGCUUUGGGCUGGUCACGUCGCAGAUGUUUGCCAAUGCGAAGCAGAGGAGAUCUUGAGGGGCGAAGGAAGUCUGAUGAGGA